AUGCAUCCUUCACUAUGUCUUGCAAACGCCGUCUCGGCUUCCACUCUCUUUUUCGGCGUCAAUGGGUUGAACAUUUUGAUCACCAAUGAUGAUGGGUUCGGGACAGCGAAUAUCCGCGAGAUGUAUAAAGCCGUCGAGGCUUAUGGACAUCAAGCAUAUAUCGUAGCUUCAGCCGACAACCAAAGUGGGAAAGGCGGGACCGUUACAUACACCACAUCCAGAAACCUGACCGUGGACUCGGAAUUUGGUAUUGUCAAGGCAGGAGCUCCAUCCGUAGGGCCUGAUCCUACGGACUCACACAUUUGGUACUACAAUGGCACGCCGUCCGCUUGCGUUCAGGUCGGUCUCGACUAUGUUCUGCCUCGCUAUGCAAACUUCAGCGUCCCAGAUCUCGUUUUAUCAGGACCAAAUUACGGACUCAAUCUCGGUCCUUUCUUGUACACGCUUGCCGGGACUCUGGGAGCUGCCUAUACUGCCGUUGAGCGAGGCAUACCGGCCAUUGGCUUCUCAGGAGGUACCUCAGUACAGACUCCAUAUUACUGGGUGAACGAGACUACACCAGCUGGAUUGAAAGAUCCAGCUACAAUCUAUGGACAACUGGCCGCAGAUUUAGCACAACAACUUAUUACAAAUGUUGCGAAGACUGGUGGUGGACGGUUGCUGCCAUAUGGCUAUGGAAUAAACGUCAAUAUCCCAGUCAUCACUUCUUACAAAGAUGCGUCUUGCGUUGCUCCGCCAUACAUCCACUCACGCCUGACUGGAGGUGCUGUUGUCGAUAAAGCAGUCUUCAAUGAGACUACGGGGCUUUUCAAAUAUGGUGAUGUGAUAAGCGAGGGCACAAACACUUGUAUCAACGGAGACUGUUCGUUACCUGGAGAAACGGAGAUUUUGGACCUGAAAUGCAACAGUGCAGUCUCAUUCUUCACCGUGGACUACGACGCUCCUUUACAAUGUCACAACGCUCCUGACUUGAAGGGACUUUUGGAGCCACUGGUGGGAUAUAUCAAUGGUACUGGUACUACUGGAGGAAAUGGAACUGUUGCUUCUCCUACUCCUUCCAGUACCCUUGUUGCAGUAAAUGGCGGUAGCGUUGGUUUGAGAGCUUCAAUUAUGGGACUCGGACUUGGUCUGUUGGGCGCUUUGUUGGCGUUGUAA